AUGGACCGAAGAUGUUUCGCCAUUCUGUGUCACCUACUGAGGACCAUUGCUGGACUAACGUCGACGAAAGUCGUCGAUGUUGAGGAGAUGGUAGCAAUGUUCCUCCACAUUCUUGCGCAUGAUGUGAAAAAUCGUGUCAUUCAGCGAGAGUUCAUGCGGUCGAGUGAGACAAUUUCCCGCCAUUUCAACAUGGUCUUGUUAGCCGUCAUUCGACUUCAUGAGGAGCUUUUGAAAAAACCACAACCAGUGCCUAAUGAAUGCACAGAUCAAAGAUGGAGAUGGUUUGAGAAUUGCCUAGGUGCAUUAGAUGGAACGUACAUAAAAGUCAACGUUCCAGCAAGUGACCGGGCUAGGUAUAGAACACGCAAGGGAGAGGUGGCCACAAAUGUACUUGGCGUGUGUGACACGAAAGGAGAUUUCGUUUACGCUAUUACUACCUGGUUGAUGUCGGGUACCCAAAUGCGGAGGGUUUUCUGGCACCAUACAGAGGCCAACGCUAUCACUUACAAGAAUGACGUGGCCCUGAAAAUGCACCUUCAACGUCGAAAGAGUUCUUCAAUAUGA